CGUCGUGGUCGUGGAAAGCCGUAGUUUCAGUGAAUAGAGCAACCUAUAAUUUUUCUUGUGAUGGUUUUUUCAUAUUUCCCAAGAGUGGUGUGAAUGCGGGAAAUAGGAGAAAAAUGAAAUGCUGUGUCCAGUGGUGUUGUGGCACUGAUUGAAACAGUUUACUUAUCGAGUGCCGGGUGAAAGGAAAUAAGAAAAUAAUAUUAGUAGAAAAGUGCAUCCUCCUCACGUCAGUGUGUGAAAAGUGUGAACAUUUUGCAUUUGAUUCUUUGCCUGUUUGUCUGCCCCCGGAACGGCAGCAGAAACGGCCAAGAAGUUCGGUGAAUCUUCUCCCCAAAACGUCCAAACACACGUCCCGCAUACGAGAAUAACCAGUGAAAGGAAACAACGAAAUCAAAUAUGGCCGCUCACUCAACAGCAGCCACUUCACCGUCGUCGUCGUCAUCGUCGCCGUCUCCUCCGUUGAGGCUAGCCUCAACGCAGUAGAAGUCGCGGUAGGUGACUUCUGGCAGGGAAGCAGGAGGUGGACAACAACGGAGGCGGUUUGUUGUUCAGAAACAGUUUUAAAAGAUGCCUCAGUGGUUUCUCGUAGCUCAAUGGAUUCAACAACUUUCGAGUAAUUUGUACGAUAGCGAAUCCUACUGCAAACUAUUGCCGCUACAGUCAAGAUGCAUCUGCAUACGCAAGUCGUCUUGAUAUUAGCCCAGCUGUUCCUCAUUGUACGCGUGACGGAUCAGACAAAAUGUGCCCUAACGUCCUCGUACGGCGGCGUGUCGGUGAGCUACUUCGCCUCGCUGCCGGCCGCCCCGGCGACGGACGACAACGCCGACGACGACGACGCCGCCUCCGCCGCCGAAGCCGACGCGAGUCGCCACCGGAUCGACCUGACGCCACUGGUGCCAACGGGGGACGGACCGCCGCAGUCGGCCGACUAUCCAACCUACAAUGAUGACGCCGAAGAAGAUGUAAAUAACUUCCUGAAGGUGCUGAGCUGCUCCGACACGAGCCUGCGUGCGGUGAACGAGGAGUACCUGCGGCCGGUCAGCUCGUACAAGGGCAUCCUGCUCGAGCGUGUCCCGGUGCUGAGUGCGACCAGCGAUCAGCUGGCCCUCAAGAACGAGAACUACCUGGAGAUCGUGCGGUGGCGCGAGAGCAACGUAACCGAGCGCCAGCUCACACUGACGUUUGCGCGCGCCGACCGGAAGUUCAGCAACCUACAGAUACUAGACGUAAGCGCCAACCAGCUUGGCACGAUAAGGAGAGACCACUUCAGCAGACUGGAGCGACUGCGGCUUCUGCAGCUGUCCGCGAAUCAAUUACACAAUCUUCCGAGUGAUAUUUUCUACGACCUGCCGAACCUGGUCGAGCUGGACCUGCACGGCAACCGGCUCAGCGAGCUGCCGCUGCACCUGUUCCGGCCGCUCGGCCGGCUGCGGGUGCUGAAUCUCGCCAACAACACGAUCCACGAUCUUCCGCGCAACAGCUUCGCCGGGCUGGGCAACCUGACCGAGCUGCACCUGGCGCGCAACCGCCUGUACGUGAUCCCGUUUCAGGUGUUCAAGGAGCUGCGCUCGCUCGAGGUGCUGGAUCUGUCCAGCAACAUGCUCGUGUCGUUUCUGGACAACUUCUUCCUGCUCAACAAGCAGCUGCGUGUGCUGCGCCUGAACGGCAACAUCAUCGAGAAGAUUUCCAAGAACGCGCUGUACGGGCUGCGACGGCUGCAGUCGCUCGAUCUGUCCGCCAACAAGCUGGUGUUCAUCGACCGGAACGCGUUCGACACGCUCGACGAGCUGCGGUACCUGAACGUGAACCAGAACCAGAUCUACAUCCUACCGUCGACCGUGUUCUCGGCUUUGCGCGCGCUCCGGACGCUCGACCUUAGCAGCAACCUGAUGCGCUCGCUGCCGAACUCGAUCUUCGCCGCGCAGCACAGCCUCGUGCGCCUUCACCUGGACGCGACGAACCUGGAGUCGCUGAGCAACUGGGUGGCACGUAACAACCACACGGUGAACCGGGAUAUCCUGCGCAACCUGCGCUACCUGUCCAUCCGCAACAACACCCGACUGAAGGAGAUCGAACCGUGUGUGUUCCGGAACGUGCCCAACCUGGAGACGCUGCUCCUCUCCAACAACAGACUGACGGCGCUGCCGAAGGAGAUCGGUGAGCUGCGCCGGCUGCGCUACCUGGACGUGGCCAGCAACGACAUCAUGUACAUCCCGGAACAGAUCCGCCUGCUGCACGAGCUGCAAUACGCGAACUUCCUCGACAAUGACUAUGGUUGUGACUGCCACAUGUACUGGAUACUGGGCUGGAUCGACGAGCUGCAGGCGGAGAACAACACGCAGAAGAUCUACGACCUGCUGCGGCUGUCUGAGCUCAAGUGCCGCAACGGCUACCCAGGUGACAUUGUGCGGGUGCUGCAGCACAUCAACUGCUUCCCGCCCGAGCUGCUGCAAGCGUCGGACAGCCGGAUGCAUCUGCUCAAGUCGGAUGCGGUGCUGGAGUGCGUGUUUACCGGAAAUCCACCGCCGGACAUCAUUUGGAUCACGCCCAAGAACGAAAUUCUGCGCCACAGCCAGGAACAGGACCAGAAGUCGCUGCUGUUCGAGUCGGAUGACGAAGGAGGGCAUGGCGUGGCGAGCGGGAAGUACCAGCAGGCCGUCGAGUUUCAGAUGCUCACGACGGACAAUAUGACCGGCGGUGGGUUACACGAUGCAGCCGGAAUGGGCAUUACGCUGCUGGAAAACGGCUUCCUUCGCAUCCACAACAUCUCGCGGCGUGACAGUGGACUUUAUACGUGCUACGCGAUCAAUAUAAUGGGCAAUGCCACGGCGGGUAUACGCCUGUACAUCGAUCCCAUCGUGUUCUACCGCGUCAAGAUAGGCAGCAUCAUAACGGGGGCCAUUUCGGCUGCAUCCUUCCUCGCCCUGACGCUGAUCCUCCAGGGCAUCCGCCGCAUCUUCAUCCGGUUCCGCAUCAUCGAUCUCAUCUGCCAGAACUGCUGCAGCUACUGCUACAAGAACGACAAGACGUCCUCGAAGGCACGCCAGAUUUACGCCAUGCUCGACAACAUCGAACACUACAAGAGCCAACAGCUAGAACGGUUGCGAGAAAACUAUACCCAACAGGUCCACCGUAUUAAGGACAACUGUGCUCAGCAGGUCGACUGGAUCCAGGGCAGUUACUCGACGCAGGCGAAACAUUUGCGCGAAAUACGCGACAUCGGAACGCACCACAUUACGACACUGCGUGAUCAGUACUAUGAUCAGGUGCGCCGUGUACGUGACUACUCCACCGGCCAGCUGACCUGGGUACGGGAGAACUACGUGUUCCAGCGCAACAAGAUCCGCAAGUUCAGUGCCCACCAGGCGCUAAGGUUACGCGAGGGCUACAAGUACCAGCAGCAGACCCUGAACAAGGUGCUGGAAAACUUGCCCAGCUUCUAUUUCGAGAACUGUCGCGGACGCAACGAGGAUGACGAGGAUUUCGACGGGUUCGAGGUUUACUUGAAGGCGAAGAUCGAGAAGCUGUCACAAAUGGAAGCCGGUGAGAAGCCGGUCUCGAAGGCGAUCGGGUCCGAGUAUGCGCUCAAGUAUCUGGAGAACUUCUCGGCCAAGAGCGUCGACGAGAGCAAGGCGUCGGUGUACUUCACGCCGAACGACGAGCAGGACGAUGCCAGCCCGGAACCGCAGCUGUCGCCGAUCCAUAUCAACUACAUCGACGGUGGUCAUCGGCGUCCGCCACUGCCACCACCGUUCGACGAUGAGGACGACUUGGACGAGAUGCCCCUUGGGGGUGGUGGUGGUGGUGCAGUGACCCAGCGCCUCGUCGGUGCGCUCGAUACACCGAAGUCAUUCCGGUCCGUGAUCGGCGGGGGUUCGAGUGGCAACAUUCCCGGUGGUGCCAGCGCUGGUGACAUUCCGCUAAAGUCGAUCAUGAAACCGACCACGCGCUUCGUGUACGACAAGCAUCUCGGCAAGUACCGUCUGUGCUAUCAGGCGCCAAAUCGUCUGAGCGGUGGGUACGGCCUCGACGAUGAUUCACCACCGGGUGGAGGAGGACCGUCCGUUGGCGGUGGGGCGCUGGACGACGGACGCUACCAUCUGGCGGGGAUCGAUUCGGCCGAGGAUGACCACCACAACUACAGCCUUAAGAACAAUCGGAAGCACAGGCGCAAGAGGAAAUUGCUUCUUGGCGGCGAUGGCAUCGGGAUGGUUGGUGGUGCGUCUGGAAGUGCCGGUGGCAGUGGCUCCGGCUCAGGAAGCGCGUGUGAGUACGAGACGCUGCUGAUGAAGAAUCUCGGUACGGAUCCGCACGAUUCACACUACAAGAUCGUGCACGUCAACAAGCUAAACAAUGGCGUGAGCAAUAGCAACUACUUUCCCGGGAUGAUGAUGCUCGGUGGUUGUGCCGGUGCCGGUAAUGGAUGGCAGGCGGGACGUGCGAUCAGUCGACGGCAGCAUCAUUCCCGCCCGGGAGUCGCUGGACCUUCGGCGAUGGCUGGGGGGUCGCACGUUGGCGGGGGAAAUGAUUAUUACUACUCGCUGGAGGACAUGAUACAGGACAGCAACCAGAAGAUCCGCCAGUUAAUUUACGACUCGAAGAUCGACAUCAUGAACGAGGUGAUCGGGAACGGCGGUGGGGGACUGAUCGGAAUCGAUCGGGAGCCGGUUGCCACGACCAGUCGUGGACGCAACCGCAACAGUGCCAGCAGUAGCAGCAACAGCAGCUUUAGCAAGAGUGUCAACAACAUCGACGGUGGGGCGACCAGAAUGAGUGCCACAAUCGGAGCUGACGGAGAACCGAUUGCCGGAGGUAGUGGUUUGCGUCGGGUCAACAACAUUCCGCACGACGAGUACGAGGGAAGCGCCGGCAGCAGUGGGAACGGAACACCGAGUUCCAGUAGCCGAAACAACAGCUGUAGUAGCGCCAGCGGUAAUAACUCGCGCGACGCCAUGGUGACGAUCAACGGUGUUGGUGGUGGUGGUGACAGCUCAGGAAGUGGUGUUCCUCGAUCGUCGGCCAAAGGUAGGUCCACGGCGGCCCCAAAAACCAUCCCGAAAGUGAUUACGGGAACUACCGUUGCUGCCUCUCAGCCGCAGGCUCCUUUGAAAAAGAUUCAAAAACUUCAUUUCGACUCGAGUACAAACCGUAUACAGCAGAGCACUAGCCUGCCCGAAAUCUUCUUCGAUUCACUUCCGAGACCAUCGGACCCGUCCGGUGAGCGCCAGGAUACGAACCGCCGACAGCACCAUCAGCACCAAUCGACAGUAGGACGCAUCGGACACGGCACGGACGGUGGAGAAUCCGUUGCAUCAUCUGGGGCGACACAAUCCGGUAGCUUCUCGCUCGGUUCCUCCUCGUCAAGCUCGACGUCGUCGUCGAGUGGUUCGUUCGGUGAGUCAACACCACCACCACCAACCUCCCAGCCGGCCAAGGUACACGGUGGCAAACAUGUGAUUUUAGCGGUAGAAAAAACAAGGGACAGUUCCGCCACCGCCGCCGCCGCCGCUGCUGUUGCUAGUUCCCGUUCAUCGAAAGCUUCUUCCUCUCCUUCUCCGGCGUCGUCACCCGUUGAGUCGAAAGUCAAUAAUCAGUAGAACAGCGCAAUCCAUAUAUGUUGGAAGGAGUCCAUUGAUGAACCGCCAGAGACAAGAAGAAAUCAUGGCACUUUUAAUGUACACGGUGGUACCGUGUAGCACCUUUCCGUCGAGAUUAUAGCAAGUAACACGGAAACCCUCUUGUUGGCGCCCUUGGAUGUGUGCUUUAAUGGUUCUCCAUCGUCCUGCAUGUAUGUAUGUAUGUGUGUGUGUGUGUACUGUGUACCCCGUAUACAAAAGAAAGUCAAUAGAUCUGAUUGCAAAUCGAAUUGCCUCUGUGAAAGCAGGAGACAGCUUAUGGAACAAAUUAUGAAGUGGUUGGAUAACCAUUAUUUUCUCUACCGAAACACAAUCUUGGUUACACGCAGAACACCACAAAUAGGGUUGCGUCGACGAAUGCAGCAGGUAGAAGCCUGAUUUUCAACGAAUGCUGGAAUAUGCGUUUCCUUCUUAUGACAGCUAGAGACGAUGUUAAAAGGCAGGGGUGUGGGGAACGGGGAUGUGAAUGAUAAUACACUAUCUUUAUGAUUAUAUUACAAUUACAGAUCCAUACCGAUAUAUGAAUAUACUAAACUAUAUGCUCGCGCUAGCACAGAUGAAAAACAGUACUGGCAUUCGUCGAACGCAGUGGGAUGUGAGGGAGAGAAAAAUAGGGACGAAAGAGAAGAAAGUGAUAAAAUUUCAAAUCUGGGAUUGGGGCUUAAGCACGAUACAAGUGGGGGUAAACAAUAGACAAAAAACCAUCCUACUGCUGGGGAACGGAAGCUGCUCUAUUAGGACGAAGGGGGAAAAAACAUGCUGAAGGUUAAAGAUGGGUGGGGAGCAUGUCAGGAAGUGGGGUUGAAGUGCAGUAGGGAGUAAGGAGAAAGCAGGGAAUAGAAAGCAGACAGUGUUAUACAAGCGGAAGUACAAGCGGGGCUGUUCCCCGCAGCAAAGGAAAUAUGUGUUACAGCAGAGUUGAGCUGUAUUAGAAAUUUUUCAUAUUACAAUUAGAAAUCAUUUUUAGCACCAACCAUCACCUCCACCACCACGCAGUGGAAAUGGAGAAGUUAAGUUGGGGGGCAAAAAUUGGGGAUUUAGGCUGAAGUAGGGGGAAGAAGAAUAUUUUACUAUAAUAGGAAUCAAUGAAGAAGAAAAUUAACCUGUGGAAAAAAGCAAAACAAAAAUCAUAACGCAUUAAUUUCUCCCAUUGGUGAAAGGCAAAGGAAGGGUCAAGGGGGAGAAAACCAUUGCAAAUAGCUCAGUAAUCUUCGCCAGGCCAGCAUAAGACAGUGGGUGUGAUGAAAAAUGCAUAAUGUGUUUGUCUUAAUAGAUAUGCCCGACGAAUAUCAUUUUACUGUAAACAAACUCCCACAGAACAAGGAGAAAUUCCAAACACAAUGUCUACCCGAGCGGCUUUAAUCGAUGAGAUGGAAAAUUUUCAUCGGAAAACCGUAGUAACACUCAUUGUUCAAGAGCACGUUGCUAUGGUGAACCGAUGACGUAACGUCCAUAUCAUUGAUUAAUGUUGCUCAGGUACCUGUUGAAAACUCUGCAAGUUAGAGCAGCAUGUGAAACAAUUAAAAAACAACAAUGAUUCAUCAACAAAAAUAGUACUAGCAACACUGGAGGGCAGGAGAGAAGGAGAUAAUUGGAAGUGAUCGAUUCAAUGAAACACUGUCUAUGAAAAAUAUAUUUGAAUAUUAUUAUCGUUAUUAUGAGUACGAUGCAAAAAAAAAUAGAAUUUCUCCGGCAGACUGGACUAGCAACUGAUGCGUA